AAAGACCAUGGCGACUGGUUGCAAUGAGUAGUACAGAGUAUACUGUCUGGCUCGAGAGCAGGAGGAUUGAUUGUACUGCUCAUAUCAAGUAUCGUCAGUGACUUGAUACUCGGUCCAAUCGAGCGUUGUUGACGUGACCUCAAUACUCAGUCCUUGGUAUCCUAUUGAUCGUUGUUGACGUGGGUCCUCUGCAAGUGGGUCGGUAUAUGGGUCCGUGACGAUCAUUUGUGUAUGAGAUCCACGUUGUAUCCACUGCAGUCCUUUUCGUACAAUCUUGCUCGGUCAAUCAAUACUGCAGUUCCUUGGCUGCUCUCAUCUCGUUGCGUAGUCCUGUUUGUUCAGUGUUGUUUUGCGAGUUGUUCAUGGAUUGUAACAGCGUGUUCAGGACAUGACUCCUUUAUUCUUAGCGCUGUGCAGCGUGUACCCCACAGCGCUCAGCUGUCAUCUCAACCCUCUACUUCUGCCAGGUCAAGAAGAUACACUGCAACUUGGAGGAUCUCUCAGAGGUCUUUGGUAUACCUCAAAAGACAUCUUCUGAUGUUGUUGCAAAAGGAAGAUGCCGCAGAAUUCAACAUUCAGAUGCACCAGAUCUGCAUGGAAAGGAGCAUUUAUUGACCAACUCUGAUGCAAACGCUAUUGCUUCCUUCCUAGAUGCCUGCUCUUUUGAGCAAAAGGGGCUACCUUGGCAAGAUCUUGCAGAUCUCUCUGGUGUUGCAAAAGUUUUUCACGAC